GGGCCCGCCGGCAGCAUGCAGAACGUCAUCAACACGGUGAAGGGGAAGGCCCUAGAGGUGGCCGAGUACCUCACCCCCGUGCUCAAGGAGUCCAAGUUUAAAGAAACUGGAGUAAUUACACCUGAAGAAUUUGUCGCAGCUGGAGAUCACUUAGUUCACCACUGUCCUACUUGGCAAUGGGCUUCAGGAGAAGAACUAAAAGUCAAGGCUUAUCUGCCAACAGACAAACAGUUUUUGGUAACUAAAAAUGUGCCAUGCUACAAAAGGUGUAAGCAGAUGGAGUACUCAGAUGAGCAGGAAGCAAUUAUAGAAGAAGAUGAUGGUGAUGGGGGAUGGGUAGACACUUUUCACAAUGCAGGUGUAGUGGGUGCAACAGAAGCAGUUAAGGAGAUCACACUAGACAGUAAGGAUAAUAUAAAAAUACCAGAACGUUCAGCAUCUUGUGAAGAUGAUGAUGAGGAAGAUGAAGGAGAAGCUGCAGACAUGGAAGAGUAUGAAGAAAGUGGGCUAUUGGAGACAGAUGAUGCAACGCUUGACACAAGACAGAUUGUAGAAGCUAACAAAGCUAAAGUUGAUGUUGGAGGGGAAGAUGCUAUUCUACAGACUAGAACUUAUGACCUCUACAUCACUUAUGACAAAUAUUACCAAACUCCAAGGCUCUGGUUAUUUGGAUAUGAUGAGCAACGGCAGCCUUUAACAGUAGAGCAUAUGUAUGAAGAUAUUAGUCAGGAUCACGUCAAGAAAACAGUGACCAUUGAAAACCAUCCUCAUCUUCCUCCACCUCCCAUGUGCUCAGUUCAUCCAUGCAGGCAUGCAGAAGUGAUGAAGAAAAUAAUCGAGACUGUUGCAGAAGGUGGGGGAGAACUUGGAGUUCACAUGUACCUUCUUAUUUUCUUGAAAUUUGUACAGGCGGUCAUUCCAACGAUAGAAUAUGACUACACAAGGCACUUUACGAUGUAACUAAAAUAAGAGAUGUCCUCCUCUGAUUAUCAAAUCUUUUUUUUAAAUAACCCAUCCAUGUGACUUAUAUGACAUUAUACACAAUUUCUGUAACUAACCUUUUAUCAAGUUGAUGCAUUAAAAUAAAAUGUUCCAUUACCA